AUGGUCGGCCUUCCACCACCGCCGCCCUCGUUUGGCGCGCCCAUGGACCAAAGCAACGCAGAAGAGGUGCCGCCGCUGCCAGCCGAUGCGGGCAAGACGCUCUACAUCCAGAACCUCAACGAAAAGGUCAAGCUCGAGACGAUGAAGGCGACGCUGGCCAACCUCUUCUCCAACUACGCCAACGUGCUCUCGGUCACCUCGCAUACCAACGUGCGCAUGCGUGGCCAGGCGUUUGUUGCGCUCGACAGCGUCGAGGCUGCCGACAAGGCACGUCGCGAGGCGCAUCUCUUCCCGCUGUACGGCAAGGCGAUGAAGAUCAGCUUUGCCAAGUCCAAGUCGGAUGCGGUGGUGGCGCAAGAGACGGCCGAAAGCGGCGGCAAGGAAUCGGACGACUUCCAAAAACACAAGCAGCAGAGGCUCGAGCACAAGAAGAUGGCACGCAGAGGCAACGUACUUCGAAGGAGAGAGCUCGAGAAGAAGAUCCGCGCAAAGAGGGCCGCAGCAGGAGAGAUCGCAGAGCCAGAAAAGGCGUCCGGCGCAGCUGCCAAGCGUGCGCAGCACGACAUGCCCGACGAGUACCUGCCACCCAACAAGAUGCUCUUCCUCCAAAAGAUCCCCGAUGGCGUCGGCAAGGGCGAGCUCGAGAGUCUCUUUUCAGCAUACUCUGGCUACGUGGAUGUGCAAACCAUCCCUGGCAAGGCCGACAUUGCCUUCGUCGAGUUUUCCGACAUUCCCUCGAGCGUCACAGCGCGCGGCGCCCUCAAUGGCUACAACUUUGGCGCCGGCGACAAACUCAAGCGGCGCGCUGCUGCAGCGUGGGUGAAUACGCGACUCGGCAUGCUUUCCGUCCAACACUACAACUCCUCUCACCUGCUUCUCUUCGCUAGUAGCCGCAUUGACAUGUCGAGAUUCGGAGGCCGAUUCGUGCCCAACAUCGAGCACGAGGUGCGCAGGCAGGCGACCGAGCCCGUUGCCAAAUGGCGACAAGAGUGGGUGGUCCCCUCGGGCACAUCGGAUGCAUCUUCAUCGACUGCUGUGGGCGUCAAGAUUCUCAAGUGGGUUCGCGCCGAUGCGUUUGCUACCUUUCCCGAGGAGCAAGACGUGCAGGCUGAAGACCGGAUUUCGGACGAUGCGGCGAUUGUCGAGGCGCCCGUACAGAGCAUCCACAACGCGCCUGCCGUGCCGACACCCGCUGCAAGUCUGAGCGUCAGUGGCGGACUCGGUACGAUAGCGCCCAAAGAGCCGGCACCGGCUGUUGCAUCGGCCAUUCCGCCGCAUAUGGCGCAGGUCUCGGAGCCUACGUCUGGCGCCAACACGACGCGAGGUAGCACGCCUACCGACUCGGUCGCCACGCCUGCGGCCGGAGAGGACAGCACACCGGCACCAGCAACUACGGCAUCGACGGCACCAGAGGCAAUCAGCCAGGCACCAUCGUCACAGGGCGAGGGGACCGCAAUGGGAACGGGUGCCAGUACGCCGCAGCUCCAGCCCCAGGUGGAGGCGCAGCUGCACACCCAGCCCACCACCGCGCCUACCACCGACACGGCCACACUCGCCGUGCUUGCGGCUGCUGGCGGUGCAGAACACGCCGAGAUGCAGCAACAAGACGCAGCGCCCACGACCGAGGCGUCAUCAUCCACCGAUGUGGAUAUGAACCAAGCCUAG